CGAUCAUCGCUUCUUCUACGUUGACAAUGGAAAAUGCUAUUACGUUUGUGGGUUAGCACGGGAUUGCAUGGCAAAUUACCUUUAUGGAAAGGACAGAAUGGAUGCAUUGCUAGCAUUUGUUAGAACGGAAUUAUGGCAAAUUCAAUAGGAUUUAAGGUCGAUAGUCAUCAGUUUUUUUCUGGUGUAGAAGAUAUUAAUUUUUCUUUGAGUGGGGGGACAUGUACGUUUUAUUUGCCACGUAAAUGGAACCAAAAGUCAAUAGACGGAUUACUGGCCUUAUACAAGACAGGUAUGUUGUAUAUUGCACCAAUUCAGAUCACCUUUGAUAAGGAAGGACAUUCAGAUUCUGAAGGAGCUUUUUUUUCUGGGAUUUGGCCAGAAUUGAAAUCAAAUAUACCAAAUAACUUGAAUGUAGUAAUAAUAUUCAUAUGGAUUACAUGCAAAAAUGGAGCUGAUGAGGAAGUGGAAAUGAAGAUUAAAAAAUUAAGAAAUAGAGAUGUUGAGAUUAAUCCCGAUUACAUUUCGGUAGUAACAGGAUUUGCGAACGUCAAUAGAGAUAUUGAUCGAUAUCUUUCUCAAGUGUAAUUUUGCAAUGUUCUAGUCUAUAAGAUAUAAAUCAUAAAUAAAUACGAU